AAGCAUUGGUGGGCAGAAAGAUAUUGAUAUAUUAAUGUCAUAUGAACACCAGUUUGGAUGAAUAACACAUUUGCAAUCUAGCAGCUGCCAUGGAAGAACCUUGGAAAUUAGUGCCCGAAGAUCAUAUUCUAAUAUGACAUGUAUUCCCCAAAUCGUCUGUUUCGGAACGUGAAGCGGCGUUGUUCCCUGUUUGCUUCAUGCGUCAGUUCCUUCCGCCGGGUUCCCUCCCGGCUUUCUCACCGCCCACCCUCCCACAACUCACCGGAAUUCAAAUUCUGAAUUUUUUGCAUUCGAAAAUCGAUUCCAAUCGUCACCCAAUUCUCCUUUUUUGUUGAUUUUGAUUUUACGUAUUGUGGGCCUCUGCUAAACUAACCAAUCACCAACCGACCUCGGACUUGGGAGUAAUUGGGCUAUGGCGGAAGGAGAAUUUUCCGAUCAGAAUCGUCUUCUUAGAUCCAUGGAGGAUCACAGUGGGGAAGAUCAUGAUUUGGAAUCGCAGGAUGGAGUUGGAGUUCAUUUCCAUAGGAAUAACAGUGGAAAACGAGGUGGGUUUCUGGAUCUGUUUCAGCAUCUCAAUCGAGGCAACAGCUUCUCCGGUCGUCGUCUUAGUUAUAAGCGGAUUGAGAUGGAUAAUCAUAACGUUAAUUACAACCCCUCUUCUGUUAAUAUCAUUGGUCGAAGUCGUGCGGCUUCUACUUCUUCCGAUCGUCACAACAAUUUCAAUUCUCAUCCUCACCAUGCCCCCACUGCAAUCGAUGGUGAAAUCGACGACAAUCUUGAUGAUACUGCUCCGCCUGAAUGGGCUUUGCUUCUUAUUGCCUGCCUCCUCGGCCUCGCCACCGGUCUUUGUGUUGCAGCUUUUAACAUUGGGGUACAUGUAAUCCAUGAGUGGGCCUGGGCUGGCACUCCAAAUGAGGGUGCUGCUUGGCUUCGGUUACAGAGAAUGGCUGAUACUUGGCAUCGCAUUCUUUUGAUACCGGUAACUGGAGGUGUUAUAGUGGGUAUGAUGCAUGGUUUGCUUGAGAUACUCUGCCAAAUAAAACAAUCAAGUUCUCCUCAAAGUCAAGGAUUUGAUUUACUUUCUGGAGUCUUUCCUACAGUUAAAGCCAUUCAGGCAGCCAUCACUUUAGGUACUGGCUGUUCACUGGGUCCUGAAGGACCAAGUGUAGAUAUUGGAAAAUCAUGUGCCAAUGGAUUCUAUCUUAUGAUGGAAAACAACAGUGAAAAGAUAAGAAUAGCAUUUGUUGCAGCUGGUGCAGCAGCAGGAAUUGCUUCAGGCUUUAAUGCAGCCGUUGCGGGUAGCUUCUUUGCAAUAGAAACUGUAUUAAGACCUCUGCGUGCAGAAAAUUCCCCUCCAUUUACAACUGCAAUGAUCAUAUUGGCAUCUGUUAUAUCUUCUACAGUCUCUAAUGUUUUACUUGGCACACAGUCUGCUUUCACAGUACCUGCUUAUGAUUUAAAAUCUGCUGCUGAACUGCCGUUGUACUUGAUUCUGGGAAUGCUAUGUGGCGUUGUGAGUGUAGCAGUGACACGUUUAGUGGCUUGGUUUGGUAAAUCAUUCGAGUUUGUCAAGGAAAGAUUUGGCCUUCCUCCUGUUGUUUGUCCUGCUUUAGGUGGUCUAGGAGCUGGAAUAAUAGCUCUUAAGUACCCUGGAAUCCUUUAUUGGGGUUUCACAAACGUUGAAGAAAUCCUACAUACUGGGAAUCGCCCUUCAGCUCCUGGGAUUUGGUUAUUAACUCAGAUAGCCGCAGCAAAAGUUGUGGCUACGGCUCUGUGCAAGGGUUCUGGGCUCGUAGGUGGCCUUUAUGCACCCAGUCUAAUGAUCGGUGCUGCUGUUGGUGCUAUAUUUGGGGGCUCAGCUGUUGAAAUUAUCAAUAUUGCAAUUCCUGGAAAUGCAGCUGUCGCUCAGCCACAGGCAUAUGCACUGGUUGGGAUGGCUGCUACGCUGGCCUCAGUCUGUUCGGUGCCGUUGACAUCAGUUCUACUUCUGUUUGAGCUGACAAAGGAUUAUAGGAUACUCCUUCCUCUCAUGGGGGCUGUUGGCUUGGCCAUAUGGGUUCCUUCAGUUACAAAACAGACCAAGGAAACCGAGUCAUCUGAUAAGCGGGGUACAGCUAGAGGUUAUGCUUCUCUUUCACCUUCUGAACAUAAAGAUGGGGUACCUUGGAGAUAUGAUAAUGGUGACGGUGACUUGGAACUCUCCGAGGUAGUAAAUCCAACUGACCAUGAAUCAAAUUAUGAAGAUAAUCUUCUUGAAGGCCUAAAGGUUUCUCAAGUGAUGUCAAAGAACUAUCUGAAGGUUUCAUUGUCUAUGUACGUGAAAGAUGUAUUAAAAUAUAUGAAAGAUAACCAACAGAACUGUGCACUAGUGGCUGACGAUGGUGAUUUCCUUGAGGGAAUAUUGACAAAUCGUGACAUUAAACGGUAUUUCUUCAAGAAGUAUGGUGAUAGUCUGAAGGGUGAUCCACUUAGUGUGGAUACUUGUCUCGUGUCCUCUAUUUACACUCGAGGGAUUAGUUAUCGUGGGCGAGAACGAGGAAUUUUGACCUGUUACCCAGACACUGAUCUGGCAACUGCCAAGGAACUAAUGGAGGCUAAGGGUAUAAAACAGUUGCCCGUUGUUAAGCGUGGCAGAGAAAGGAAAAGAAGAAUCGUAGCCAUUCUCCAUUAUGAUUCAAUUCUUAACUAUCUCAGAGAGGUCGUGGAUAAAAGGGAAACAGCCUAUCCUAGUGGAAAAGAGUUAGUUGUUCAGGAGAAUAUUGCAGAUGGCCAUUAAGGAGCUGUGGAACAAAUUCAGAGCUCAAGUUUUCCAACAUUCAGUGUAGAGGAACAAACUGAAUGUUGAACUAAAAUGGUCUGUUUUAUUCAGAAUUAAAACCCGCUCCGCUGAUGACAGAACAUUUGAAUCCCUCUGGUUGAUCUUCAGAUAAGAGAUAAAAUUUUAUGGUGAGUUAUGCUGAUAUGUAGUACUUUCCAUGUAAUUUAGCAAAUUGUAUUUUACACAGAAUCAACAAUCCAAAGGCUGUAACAUAAUACACAGAUUAUUUCAGAAGCACAGUUGGAACCAUGAGAGAAUGCAUGCUGCCAUUGAUGGUCUACUGAGAAUUCAAGCUGAGGGAUCCAUGUGGUUUAUUAGGGUAUAUAUUGGUCAUACCUCAGCCACCUUACAUUUGAGGUUUGAAUGUAGCUGAUUCAUUCUUCUCACUAUUUUUUUUGGCAUUGGAAUAUUUACUCCUGAUCUGUAAGUUGUAAUGAUCUGGUGUAGUGGAAUCAUUUCAAUGAAUUAACUCAUUCCCACUUCUCAGUUCUCAUGA